ACCUUCGGAGGAGACUGUCGCUCCCCGUAGACAAACCUUUACUAGGUGCGAAGCCACCGAUCGCUGAGGCGGACGUCAAAAGCCAGAGGGAUCGCACGCCAGGAGAAUGGCACCCCAUACCUCCCCACAUAUACGCCUUCCCCUCCGCGGACAUCCACCCCACCGCCCGCGGGGAUGUUCCCCAGAUCACCCCCAUCCAAUACCGGCCCUUCAAAUGGGGGCCGAAAUACCACAUCACCCAUGGGCCUGAAGUCCCUCCCCCACAGCGAGUGGUUCGAGCUCGAUAACGAGUACGCGACUUAUCAGCGCAUUCGGCGGGGGCGAAUCGACAGCAAAGGCCGGGAACUUCUGCGGAUUAUUCCCAGCGAUAAGGUGGGCGACGGCGCGGUGGUGAGAGGAACGCGAAUCGCGCAGGGAGCUGUCGAACUCCUGCUCGCCACGGCAGAAUACUUGGCUCAGCGCUAUCCGGAGUCCUUCACUCUCGACUCUGCCACCCGCACGAUUACCAACCGCGUCCUCGACGAGACGCACAACCUACCGCCACGUAUUUGGGCUGACGACAGAUCCGGCGUCUUGCGCGAAGUCUCCCUGGAAGAGGGCGAGGCGGCGCUGAGGACGUGUGCAUUGCUUGUUCCCGACGACCUCGCGCUCCUCACCGAGGGCGCCGACGGAAAGUACUACCUCCAGGGCGGCGCCAUCCUCGUCCCGGGCACCUGGCGCCUGCGCGAGAAGCUCGGGAUGAAGCUGGAGGAUAUCCAUGUGGAGGGGAAGGUGCCAAGGUACGAACAAGCCCUCCGGCCCUCCAUGGACCGCUACUUUGCACGCCUGGCGGUCGACAAGCCAGUUGUGCGCGUGAACUAUGGCGUGCAGGUGCUGCCCACACAAUCCACUGCGGCAAUCCCCGCCGACGACCCCGACGAGCUCGCCUGGGCGGCCACGACCAUGGGCGAGGAGUUUCCCGACGAGGACACAUCGAAGAUCAGCCACGACGAAGACGCAUCGAGGACGAGUCACGACGAUACCAAAAACAAGAAACCAGCCGCAGACCUUCGCCGCCACGCUCAGACCGCCGAAGUGCGACCCGAGAGGCUGCGCUUGCGCGUGGAAAGGCAGACGCUGAAGCGGUUGCCGGGCACGGGCAUCAUAGUCUUCGGUAUCCGCACGUACCGGUACUUGAUCUCUGACAUCAAGUACGAGAUGGAGGGUGGCGCGACGACAGCUGCAUCUGGCGGCGACAAUCCCAUUGCGCCUGACAAGGGCGAGAAGGACGAGUCAGUCACGCCUGACAAGGAGAAAGAGAGCGUCGGCGCCCGCCUCGCGAGUGCUCUCCGCAGCUGGCCGGACGAUGUGCGGCGGUAUAAGGGCGGACAGACGUGGGGCGACACGGUCAUUGAGUAUCUGGAGGCAAAGUCAGGUUGAUUGUACGAAGUAAGGGAAAUG